AUGACAACAACAGCAACAACGAGCCAGGACGUCAGUCCAAUCAAGCCUACUAGUAUAAGUACCACAAACGGAAAUGAUUGCGUUUGGACGGUUACAAAGAGGAGAACAGUGACAAAGAACCGUACUGCUAUAAUUACGACUACGGUUACGGAAAUGCCAGUCGCUCGGACUCAGACUGUCACGAAGCUUGUAACGACGGUUUCUACGGUGAAGGAAGCCAAAACAGUGAGGGUCACUACGACGGUGAAGGAAACGAAAAUACUUACGAAGACUGUGUAUAUUGAUUGGUUCGAUGGUGAUGACAUUGAGACAGUCAUAGUGACGGAAUGGAUAAGAUAA